AUGGCCCCCGGAGCCCUCCAUUCCGACACCGACAUGGCGGAACAACAGAACGGCGAUGGCCGCCAACAAGAUGGCUCCCUGGAAAUAACCAUGGAUGCUCUCGCGAGAUUCCGCAGCCUCCCCCUGCCCCCCUCAGAGUGCCAAGUGUGUGUUGUUGGCGCCGGGCCCGCUGGCUUGAUGCUUGCUGCCAACCUCAGCCGAUUUGGUAUCAAGGUCACCAUCAUCGACGAUAGGGCUGAUCAAACCCCCGUUGGAAGGGCCGAUGGUUUACAACCCAAGACGAUCGAGACCUUCAGACAGAUGCGCCUUGCUGAUCUAUUAUUACUACGAGGCGUCCGCGUGUACGAUAUUUCCUUUUGGCGCAGCACCGAGGACGAGCCCCUUCAUCGACUGGGGCGAGAGGUUCAUUACCCUCCCAUCAUUGAUGUUUUAGAUCCUUAUAUCCUCCUUGUUCAUCAAGGAAUGGUUGAAAGCCUAUUCAUUGAGGAUAUGAGGAAGCGCGGAGUUGAGGUUCGACGAAACACAGCCUUCGAAUCAUACAACGUCCCCGAGGACAAGAGCCGACCGCUGCAGGUUAAUUGCCGAACGAAUGUCACCCAGGAUCGGAGAUCUAUCCAUACCCAGUACUUGAUCGGAUGCGAUGGUGCGCAUUCAAAAGUACGAAAAAGCAUACCCGAUGCCCGGCCGGUGGGCAUGUCGCAGGCUGCAAUCUGGGGCGUGCUCGACGGAGAGCUCGUGACGGAUUUCCCCGAUAUCUGGUCCAAGACGCUAGUAAACUCGAAAGAGUACGGCUCUAUUCUUAUAGUUCCCCGAGAGCGAAAUAUGACGAGGCUGUACAUCGAGUUGAAGUUGGGUCCCAAGUCUGAUCGUCGAGAACUUGGCCAAGAAUUCAUCAUGCAACGUGCCAAGAAGAUCAUGGCUCCUUACGAAAUCGAUUGGAAAUAUCUCGAGUGGUUUGGACGAUACCAGAUCGGUCAGCGUGUGGCGAGCCGUUUCAAUGACAACCAUUUGCGUGCCUUCCUCGCGGGCGACGCGAGUCAUACUCAUUCCCCGAAGUCGGCCCAGGGUAUGAACACGUCGAUGCACGAUUCCUGGAACCUUGCCUGGAAGCUCAACUUUGCUGUCCGUGGCCUCGCGAAGCCCGUCCUCAUGGAAAGCUACGAGCAGGAGCGAAGGAAGAUUGCCCUGGAUUUGGUUAAUUUCGACUAUGAACAUGCGUAUCAGAUCGCUGGUGGUGAUGCCGUGGCGAUUGCCGAGAGCUUCAAGACCAAUGUCCGUUUCAUGUCGGGUAUCGGUGCCGAGUACGGCGAGAACUGCAUCAACCGCCCGAUUGACCAGCUGUGGGCCAUGGGUGAGGCGAAACCAGGGUGCCUCCUACCACCCGCCAAGGUCACCCGGUACAUCGACUCGAAUCCCGUCGAUAUUCAGCUGGAUAUUCCCAUGCUUGGCCAGUUCAGGAUUUACCUCCUGAUGUGGGAUGUCCAGCAGUCGGGCCCAUUCCUCGAGACCUUCUGUCAGGCCAUUGCCUCCAGGAACUCGUUUAUUAGCAGGCUAUCGGCCGCAGCAAGCGUAUCUUACGCAACCCAGCCCCGUCUCCCGGCUCCCGAGGACAUUUAUCAUCGUCCUGAACGUUACACCGUUGUUAGCCAUUUGUUCACUUUUGCUUUGAUCACUACGAUGCCUAAGACCGACGUAGAAAUUUCUGACCUCCCGGCCCUGUUGCAAGAUAGCCGAUGGACUUUCUACAUGGACGACAUUCCAGAACAGGAUACUCAAGGAAAGCUGUGCACGAACAAGUGGCUUGGCAGUCUCGGGCCUGGCGAGGUGGCCAUUGUCAACGUGCGACCCGACGGUUAUGUUGGCUCCGUUGGGCGGUGGGAUACAAGCAUGGACGAUUCUGGUGAGGAGGCUGCGAGGUGGUUAGACUCGUACUACGAAGGUUUCUUGCAGCUCCCGGCGUAG